AUGGCCACACAUACUCAAGGAGAGGAAAAGCGCAAAGUGCGCGGCUCGUGCCUCUGUAAAACCGUCCGCUACGAGCUGAACGCCGACGCCGACAUGGUCUGGUACAACAUCUGCCACUGCAUAGACUGCCGGAAAGCCUCAGGCUCCGCGUUCUCGCUCGACAUCUGCUUCAGCGAGACCCGAUCGGAAUACAAGAUCACCCAAGGCGAAGACGCACUCGGGUGCUGGAUAGAGCGCAACACGGUAUCCGGGAACCCAGUCUCGCGCUACUUCUGCACCAAGUGCGGGUCGCUGGUCAAACUAGGGAACCCGCUGAAGCCCGACAGGCACGACCAGAGCGGCGGCGGACACACGCCUGAAGAGCGCGAGCGCCUCGACCGCGUCUUCGUCGCGGCGGGGACGCUGGACGAUCCCGUGACGUGGGUGCCGAGCCAGGAGGUGUUCUGCAAGGACCGGCUACCGUGGCUGCAGGAGUCGGGGCUUGAUGUUCCGCAGUUGCAUAUGGAGUGA